GUCCCUCACCACGAGGUGGCGCGAGGCGGCUUAUAUCUGCCGUUUUUUCCUUGUUUUUGCUGACGAAGAAGAUUCAGUUGACGGAAGCGGUGUUUCUGUUGUGUCCGAUUACUAAUGACCUCCCAUUCCACUCAGCCGGGCUCCAUGCCCACAGCUCCAGACUCUCCGUCUCUUGGUGUCACAGUCAGCGGCGGUGUGCAAAAAUAUAGUGUGAAAAAGAAAAAGGUCCUCAAUGCAGAAGAAACAGAGCUGUUUGAGCUUACUCAAGCUGCUGGUAUAGUCAUGGACCAAGAGGUAUUCAAGAUCAUUGUGGACCUCCUGAAGAUGAACGUGGCACCUCUGGCUGUUUUCCAGACUCUAAAGGCAAUGUGUGCGGGUCAAAAGAUUUCAGACACGAUUGCCCCUGACCUAUCAACUACCACUGAAGUCAGAGAAGAGGACUCUAAGGUCCCAGACAAAAGUGCUAAAAAAGCAACCCCUCAGGCCCCGCCCACUGGCCCUGCAGCCCACCCUCAAAGGGCUGGGGCUAAGAUAGUGGUCAACAGCUCUGGGGAACAGAGCUCUCCUGUCUCUCAAGUGCGCAGUAAAUCCGGGACCGGUCAUGCAGAGAAACGAGAGCAGCGAGUGCCAAGGCAGGCGAGCGCCACCAGGGGGCAGAAGAGUGCCAAGAGUUCGGGCAGCAGCAGCUCUUCAUCCCAGCUCACCUCAAACUAAACUAUUAACUACUUCCAUAAACACUGAUUGUAAGUCAGUCUGGAUUUCCAGUGCCUGUAAUGUGGAACCCGAAACUUAUCCAGAUUUACUCUUCUCUUUCUGGUUUAUUACUUAUCCAGAUUUACUCUUCUCUUUCUGGUUUGAUAAACAUGUUGAUCUCUCUCUCUCUUUCUCUCUCACUGUGUUUUCUCUCUCACUGUGCCUGAUUUGAACCUGAAAGUGUUCUCUAUGGUUUUUAUGUCUGUUUAUUUAUUUGUGUUUUACAUUGUUCUCAGAUCAAUAAUGAUGAUGCAGAUUACGAUAUUUGACAUUCAGUUGUUUUUCGAAUGGUUCUGACAUUUUAUUUAAAGUGCACUGAAGUUUAAAUGCACAACUUUUAUCAUAUUGUAAAUAUGAUUUUAAAAAAUAGCUUCCAGUUUUAGUUAUAUCUGAGAGACAGGGAUGACAGGACCUACUGUACAUCCUUUUAUUGGGUUAUAUAAAAAAGAAACAACCUGCUUAAACACAGUACUUGAAUUGGCUUAAUUGUUUCUUUUAUUUGUAUUUAAACUAUGAACCGUGUUUUUUUUUUUUGUGUGUGUAUAUAGUUUGUAUCUUGAAACAAAUCAUCCA